AGAGCUCCGCGUUAGGAAUUCGGCUCUGCUGGCUUGCGCUCCUACACAGUGAAAUCUGCGUGCCUUACAAGCAGAGGAUCGUCCCGGGGUUCAUCGCGCCGCGACAUCGCAGGGGGGAGGGAGAGAUCGGCAGGGAGCGGCGGAUAGGGGGGCAUGGAUUCAAAAAGUCGAGCGGCGGAUAGGGGAGCAAAUGCAGCAGCGGCAGGUUUGCUCCACCUCGUCCUUCAACCGAUGGAUCGAGUAGAUAGCGACGAGGAGGAGCUGACUGGGGACAUCCGCAUAGACUAUAGAUAUAGGAGAAAUCAAUUGUACUCGCAGCUCCUCUCGGCCUUCGCGGCGGGGCAGGUGGAGUUCGUGGCCGAGUUCCUCAAUAACUCCCCGUUCAAUGGCCUGGUGAGCAAGGCACGCGACGCCGACGGCUACACGGCACUACACCGUGCGGUGGUUCUCCAGCAGCUUGAGGUGGCGCGGCUGCUGUCGCGCCGCGCGACAGCAGCCGCACCACAGCAGCCGCGCGAGCCCUUAGACCCGUCUCCGUCUCCGCUGGGGGAGUGGCCGUCGUUGCGCCGGCCCUACGACCCGAUUCCGAUGCUGCACGAGAAAACGCGGCACGGGUGGACGGCGCUGCACCUUGCGGUGUGCGCUGACAACGUGGAAAUGGUGGACCUGCUGCUCAAGUGGUACGAGGGCUUUGGCCUGCCGGCGGACUCCCUCACCGUGGGACCGUGGGACUUUCACGACAAGUUCGGGAUGACACCGCUGCAUUACGCCGUGCUGGGUCACAUGACCGGCGUGGUGAGCCUGCUGGCGCGCUCCAAAGCCUUUCGCAAGAACCUCAACGACGUGGACAACUUCCGGCGCUCGGCGCUGCACAUGGCCUGCGCGAACGUGAACGCGGCCGUGGCCGAGCUGCUGGGCGCGCCGGACGUGGACUGUAACGCCAAGGACUGCUGCGCCUACACGCCGCUGCACUGGGCCGUGGUGCAGGGCGAGGCCGAGGCCGUGCGCCCCUUGACCAGCCGCGCGACGGAGCGCAUCAUCCGCACCACGGAGGAGGACAUCCAGGGCCGGACCGUGAUGCAGGUCGCCAUCGAGAACCCCACCAAGGUCGGGCGCGACCUGGAGAGGCUGCUGCUGACAAUGCCCGAGUUGAAGGACGAGGUGGAGCGCCUGUACCGCGACCGGCAGGUGUUUGUGGACGCGGCCAACGCCAUCCUGCUGGGCGCGGCGCUCAUCGCCAGCGUCACCUUCGGCGGCUGGCUGCAGCCCCCGCACGGCCACGAUCCGGAGGUGCGCAUCUUCUGGGCCUUCAACAGCCUCGCCUUCUUCUUCUCGAUGGCCACCGUCAUGGCCGGCGCCGGCACCGUGCUGCCCAUGUCGGACGUGUACAUCGGCCACUCCGUCACCAGAAUCCGGCUCUGGCUCGCGCUCACCUCGUUCCUGCUCCUCGUCUCCGUCGUCCUCGUGCUGGGGGCCUUCGCCGCGGCCGGGUUCGCCUCGCUCCAGCCCAUCCCCAAGCUGCACAGCAACAUGCUGAUCACCACCUGCAUCGGCUCCGUCGUCUGUGGCGUGAUCGCGCUCCUGUUUCUGAAGCGCAUGUCGAAGAUCCGCGUGCGCGACGAUUUCCUGCUGCUCUUUACCGGCUUGUGGCAGACCAUGGGGUCGACCCGCAGGCGCAGCAUAGAGCAGUUGAAUAUCGAGCAGGAGCCCAUGAGUAAACUGAACUACGAGGAAUUCGAUGUGUUCAGGUUGAGUCAGGAAACGUCGAACCACCUUCCUCCGAAGGACUUUCGAUGUGUUCAGGUUGAGUCAGGAAACGUCGAACCACCUUCCUCCGAAGGACUUUCGAUGUGUUCAGGUUGAGUCAGGAAACGUCGAACCACCUUCCUCCGAAGGACUGUCGCGAGCGCGCCCUUAAGAAGGACUUUGGGGCACUUUGCUUCAUCCAAGACACGUUUCGCAAAAAGGCGAAAGUCAUAGAAGACGAGACAAGAAGCAUGAACGAUAACUCCAGCGGGAAGGACUUUGCGGCCUUUUACUUGAGCAAAGACACUUUUCGAGAUAAGGCGAAAGCCCUAGAACCCGAGACAAGUACAUUGUAUGAUACGGUCAAGGGGAAGGGGAAGCUGUAAAGUUGCUCCUUAGAGCAUUGGACAUUUUCUUUUUUAUUCGUCAAAGAUUUGGGAUUUGGUAUUUUUUUUUUUUUUAAAUGGACGGACGAUUCUUCACACUGCAUCUUCCCUUCGACCGAGCAAACUUUUCUACCAUCCUGAGUAGCAGCCCGUCACAGGUCAAAAAGAUCUUGCCAAAGAAUAUUAUAUUUGAAAUCAUAUAUAUUAUAAUUAUUAUUAUUAUAACUUCAAGGAUGCUCGCGCAGAGUAUCGGAUCUUCGAAAACUUCGAAGAAAAGGCAAGCUCGUUAGUUAAAUUGAUAUCUCGAGUAAGUUGGUUUGUGCGCACUAUUCUGCAGACUCGCUGCGCUCUGGCUCGGCGCCACGUUCGACGUUCAUAAGCUCCGCAGCACGGCGAUGUGCGCUUUGUGUGUGGGUGGCCGGACCGAGGCGCUUGGAAACAAAGUCGGGUCGGUCCGAUUAGGAAGAAGAGCUCCGCGUUAGUGAUUCGGCUCUGCUAGCUUGCGCUCCUGCACAGUGAAAUCUGCGUGCCUUAGAAGCAGAGAAUAGGCCCGGAGUUCACCGCGCCGCGACAUUGCAAGGGGGGAGAGAUUGCCAGGGAGCGGCGGAUAGGGAAGCAUGGCUCGAGCAUGGACUUAUAAGGAGAUGAUUGACGACACCACGAUGGAGAUCGAGGACCUGAAAAUGACACGAGAUAUGAGAGACACGAGGAACCAAUCUAGAGCCGUGCAGAUGCAAGAGAUACGUGAGAGACGAGAGGGACGACAUAUGACAAACACAAGAGUCAAGAAGGGCUCGCCGGAGGACAAGUGGAGCAAAGAGCUGCUCUCGGCCUUCGCGGCGGGGCAGGUGGAAUUGGUGGCCGAGUUCCUCAAUAACUCCCCGUUCAAGGGCCUGGUGGACAAGGCGCGCGACGCCGACGGCUUCACGGCACUACACCGUGCGGUGGUUCUCCAGCAGCUUGAGGUGGCGCGGCUGCUGUCGCGCGUGCCCUUAGACCCGUCUCCGCAUCAGACGCUGGAGGGGUGGCUGUCGUCGCGCCGGCCCGGCGACCCGUAUCCGAUGCUGCACGAGAAAACGCGGCGCGGGUGGACGGCGCUCCACCUGGCGGUGUUCGCCGACAACCUUGAAAUGGUGGACCUGCUGCUCAAGUGGUACGAGGGCUUCGACCUGCCGGCGGACUACCUCUGGGACUUUCACGACAAUUUCUGGAUGACGCCGCUGCAUUACGCCGUGCUGGGUCACAUGACCGGCGUGGUGCGCCUGCUGGUGCGCUCCCAAGUCUUCCGCAAGAACCUCAACGACGUGGACAACUUCCGGCGCUCGGCGCUGCACAUGGCCUGCGCGAACGUGAACGCGGCCGUGGCCGAGCUUCUGGACGCGCCGGACGUGGACUGUAACGCCGUGGACUGCUGCGCCUACACGCCGCUGCACUGGGCCGUGGUGCAGGGCGGGGCCGAGGCCGUGCGCCCCUUGACCAGCCGCGCGACGGAGCGCAUCAUCCGCCCCACGGAGGAGGACAUCCAGGGCCGGACCGUGAUGCAGAUCGCCAUCGAGAACCCCACCAAGGUCGGGCGCGACCUGGAGAGGCUGCUGCUGACAAUUCCCGAGUUGAAGGACGAGGUGGAGAGCCUGUACCGCGACCGGCAGGUGUUUGUGGACGCGGCCAACGCCAUCCUGCUCGGCGCGGCGCUCAUCGCCAGCGUCACCUUCGGCGGCUGGCUGCAGCCCCCGCACGGCCACAAUCGGGAGGUGCGUAUCUUCUGGGCCUUCAACAGUCUGUCAUUCUUCUUCGCGAUCGCCACCGUCAUGGCCGGAGCCGGCACCGUGCUGCCCAUGUCGGACGUGUACAUCGGCCACUCCGUCUCCAGAAUCCGGCUCUGGCUCGCGCUCACCUCGUGCCUGCUCCUCGUCUCCGUCGUCCUCGUGCUGGGGGCCUUCGCCGCGGCCGGGUUCGCCUCGCCCAUCCCCAAGCUGCACGGCAACAUGCUGAUCACCACCUGCAUCGGCUCCGUCGUCUGUGGCGUGAUCGGGCUCCUGUUUCUGAAGCGCCUGUCGCAGAUCCACGUGCUCGACGAUAUCCUGCUGCUCUUUGAACGCCUGUGGCAGACCAUGGGGUCGACCCGCAGGGGCAGCAUGGAGCAGUUGAAUUUCGAGCAGAAGCCCGUCAGUAGACUGACAGAAAAGGAAUUGAAUGAGUACACGUUGAGUCAGGUAGGCCCCGGGAACCACAUUCCUCCGAUGGACUGUCGCGAUCGCGCCGUUAGGAAGGACAUUGGGGCAUUUUACUUCAUCAAAGACACGUUUCACGAAAAGGCGAAAGCGCUAGAAGAAGAGACAAGAAGCUUGAAUGAUACGUCCAGGGAGAAGGACUUUGCGGCCUUUUACUUCAGCAAAGGCACGUCUCGAGAUAAGGCUAAAGCCCUAGAUACGGUCAGGGGGAAGGGGAAGCUGUAAACUUGCUCCUCAGAGCAUUGGACAUUCUGUUUUUAUCCGUGAGAGAUUUGCGAUUUGGCAUGUUCUUUUUAAUGGACGGGCGAUUCUUCACACUGCA